CCUGGUUAUCACUGCAGCAUCAGUUAUUUUCACGAUGUUAGGGUCAAAAGUCGCGCCUUGCCCCUCCCUGCUCCGCCUUGAUCAGAGAAAGGAGACCCUGCCAUUCAGUGGGCAGUUCUCUGGGAUCAGCCUCAAGCUCGUUGAUGUCCGCGGGGCCGCACCUGCACAGGACUGCAAGGGACUGCACGACAUUGAGGUAGGCGAUGCGAGAGGGAGGCAUAACCAACCCCGUUUGCUCUUCCUGCAUGAACCUUGUGCUACCCAGACAUUCAGCCCUCCACCUGAUGGACAGAGAAGCGAAUCAGAAACGUCGUUCACGGAACCCCGACUAUGCCUAUUACGCCCAUUCUCCCUUCGUGGAGAUGAAUUCAUGCGGCCGAGGAUCGCGAAGAGCGAUCUUGAAGACCAGACGUCACACUGGUCAAACUGCGACAGUUACCCCUUUCAAGUUCAAUCCACUGAAACUGAAAAGGGAGAAGGAAAAAGAACGGAUAAGGUAAUGGAUAAGGCAAUACUCAAUAUCCUAAAGUGUCGGUCAUUCACUGAUAUGGAAGCCUUUGCAGCUGACAAAAGCGGCAGAAUUAGUCCAGAUGACAGCGACAAAAAGAACGGUAAGCGGCGGAUAUCGGAUAUGGCAGGCAAGCAGAGCUGCACUGUGAAUGGAGAUUCUCAAUCAUCGACACGUGAUGGGUGGCGCACGGUAGGCACGGUAGGCAUGCGAACGUCAAGCUCGUCAGAUACGACGGAGAUUGGUUGUGUGAAUCCAGCAGCAAGGCUGAAUCAUAUUGCAAGGUUUGACCAAGGGUACGAGCUGAGAGGCAGUUCUAGACCUGCUGGACAUUUCAGAGAAGGGGCAGAUUUCAUCAGACAGACUUCAGAAUCUAGUUCCGAUUGGCCUUUUACUACCUGCACGUCAGAAGAGAGCAAUCGGAUUGGCGCACAUACCGUCCAUCAGCUAAGCGACUGCAGGUAUUCACUCUUAGCGUCACUCUCUGAGAGUGAGAGUUCACCCGGCAAGCUCCUCAAGAGGCAUGCUGGACCUAGAUUGAUCAGCCGGGGUGAUGGACGAAGAAAGGGAUGCAGGUUAUGCCGAAUCACAGCGGCAAGGGCAUGCGAAGGGUGGAGUGUCCUUUUUGGUGAUCUCCGGCACGAAUGCGCAAGCAGAACCAGAGAAUCCCACGGCAAGUCUACACACGAAGAUGUUCCAAAGGGUUUUCAACAGACGCAAAAACUUGCCCUGAUUGACUGCUUGAAGGGAGCGAAGGUAGGGCAGGCAGGGAAAGGGAUAGAAGGGCCACCGCUACUUCUACAGCAGUUGAAGAUGGCAUUGCUGAAAGUUGAUCGGCAACCUCUCGCAGAACAGGAUCAUAUGGAUGUCGGUAGACUUCGGUUCCAAGGAGAACCAGCGCAGCUGAGGAUUCUCAGAGUAGCGACUCUUAAAAAGGAGAAGAGAAAGGAGAGAAACAUCAAUGUCACCUCCCAUGAUGCGAGGGGCGCCGAGUCGGAGUCGUUAUUCGAAGGAGAAGAGAAAGUGAGGACAGGGGCUGUGAAAGGGAGAGAAGAGUUCGUUGGCAUUCGUGAAUCCUAUCCUCCAUAUGAUAAUGAUAAGGGAAGAGUGGAAGAAGGUGGAACGGAUAAGAUCGCUGAGGAUGGCAUCACAGCUUCAUCAGCGGCUACUGCAAGAGAUGAAGAUCGUGAAUCAAAUCGUCGUCAGAGGACAGAAUUGCGUAUCCUCAGCAACCCGUUUCAGAAGCUGCAACGACAUCAUUUUGUGGAUGGUCGGGAUGGCCUCUUACUGCACGACAGAUGUCGGGCCGCAGCAGCACGGAGAACCAGUCUUGUGAGACUGCAGAGGAGAGACUUCCCAGAACAUCUACUUAGCAGCGUGAGCAGAAUCCAAACGAAACCCCGCUUGGUGCGGACACAUCAGCAAAUUCCCUGCCGACAUGUAACGAAGGAGCCAGUCUUCCCCGUAAGUCUCACUCGCCCAGUGGCAACGGGAUCCAUCGCAAACAGAAAGAAGCUUGCUGCUGCCGUGCCAGCAAUAUCCGAUGCGCGAAUGGCUUGUUCAGGUGACGAGGCUUCUUUCUCUUACGCAGACAAUGAGAACGAUGUCAAGCUUCAAAAAAAUUUGAUGAUCAGUGGUCCUCCAGGUCUGCAAAUGAACCAAGGUCCGUACAUUGUAAACAUCGCACAGGUUCAAGAGACUGCACCAGGGGUAUGGACGCAAAUUGCCACGCAUCUUCCCCCCAACAUCGCUGCCGGCAGUCAGCAAGGUGCCUUUCCCGGAAGCCCAUCGAUUACCCAUCAUCGCCCGAGGGGAAAGAAUCUAGAGUGUUUUGACUCAGAUCUCUCUUUCAAGUCGACAACGGCUAGCGACGAAAAAGGCGCGUGCUUUUACAAGGCGAAAAGGGUGCGUAGAAUGAUCAGAAAGUUGCGAGAGGCAGGAGCAGGAGCAGAAGCAGGAGCAGGAGCAGGAGCGGGAGGAGGAGGAAGAGCAGGAGGAGGAGGAAGAGCAGGAGAAGGAGCUGAUAAACUGAAGGGCUCAGCUAUUGCAACCAUCACAGAGGAAGACUGGCAGAACCUUGAUGAAAGUGGGGCAUCAGUGCUGCAUGACACAGCAUGGUCUACUAAGGAUGAGGAUUAUUCAACAGAGCAUAUUAAGGAUAUGGAUGGUAACAAUUGUGAUGAUAGUAAUGGACAGUGUUGCUUACAAGGAGGAGGAGGAGUCACCUGCUCUCUCGAAGAGGGAGAGGGAGAGGGAGAGGGUGAAAAACAAACAUCGGAGGGGUCUAUCGAGUCUAGUAUUGACCCAUCUCUUCCAGAGUGGCCUCUGUAUGAAAAGCCGAUCAAGACCCGAAUCAACUCCGGAGCCAGGUUAAGCAACCACUGGCGAGAGAUGGAAGAGUUCAGGCAGGAAGUGGUUAUGGACGAUCAAACUUCGAUCGGAGCAAGAUCGCCACCUCCAGCCCCAGAGACGCUGGAAAUCUCAGAACCCAGAGUCAGAGAACUACUUGCGCAGUGCUAUGAGGAGGGCAACAUCCCUGACAACAUUCCAUAUGAGAGUGUGGAAAUCACGGGCAGGGAAGUUGUGAUCAAGGUGAAUUCAGACUUUGAUCAAAUCAAGGUUAGAUGGUUAAAGGAAAGGACGGUAGUGGUGAUUUUAAAGGAUGCAGACAAAGACUUGCCAAGGAAGGUGAAAGCAGAUCUCAUCAGGGCAUUAGAGAAUGGAUGGACUAGGGAGAAUACCUUCGAUCCACUUGCACCUAGAGGCACAGUCCGAUUCGAAGGGCCGAAUGUUCUAUCAUAUGUAGCCAGGAACACAGUUGUAUCCAAUUGGAUGAUAGAACAAGCGGAAGGGAAAGUGGAGGCCUUUGGGCUGGAGUAUUGCAUGAGCUUCAGACCUUGGAUGACUAGAUUAGAGUGGAGAGAAUUUCGCAGGAGACAUGAAGAGUCAAAUUUCUGGGUCAUGGCUCUGCAAGUCCCGUUAGACUCAAUAAUCUACGCAAAAACAUCAAUCAGGAGGAUUAUCGGCCCGAUCACGAAAGAUUAUCCGCCCAUUAGAGAUCCUUCGAAACCAGAGCUGAUGAACCUAAAAUACGAUGUAGAUCCACAAUGCAGAGCAAGAAUGGUGGAUAGGAUUUGGGUAGAGACGGACAAUGGGGACCUCAGAGAGUUAAAACUGGUCUCAUCAUCAACUCCCUGGUGCAGGAGAUGCAGGGGUUUCUUUCAUCUAGAGGAUGAGUGUACAAGGAACUUGGAGUUCAACCAAGGAGAACAACGGAAUCAACGUCAGGGGGCGCAGUGGACUGCAAGACAAGACUCGGGAGGUAACGGCAACUCCAGAUCUCAAGGAUCCGGUGGCAGAGGCAGCGAACGGAGAGGGACCUAUCAAGGCCAAUUAGCAAACCCGGCAGCGCAACAGUUUUCCUUCGGGAAUGAUCAACCCCGCUGGAAUUGGUAUGCAUCAGACAAGCAGGGUCACCAGGGUGUGCCGUCCCAACAUGCGAACCCGCUCUUCUCCCUGAGAGCGGUAUACCCAGUUCAGUUACCAACAGCAUGGGAGGAUCAACUUCAAGGUCGACAACAGCAGUGGGGGAGGCAGCAGGACUUAUUGGUGGACCAAGAACGAGCCUUUGAAUUGCAUAGAUGGCAACAACAGCUCCAGGAAAGAGAAGCUUUGACACAUCUGCAGAGAGCAACAGAUACAGGGGGCAACAAUCAGUUGAUCACACAAGAACAGGGAGCUGCCUUAAGAUUCAAUGAAGCACAACCCACUCUUAAUGCUACAUCGGCAGCGGCUAUACCUCCAAGAGAUUCGAGGGGACAAUCCCCCUCAAAGAUGGCCAAAAGAAUCCCGAAGCCGAAUCAGGGUGGAGAGGGCAGCAGCAUACCAAGACAGGAUGAGGAGGCAGCACGCAGCGAAAAUUCGCAGAACUCUCUCGCGACUUCUGAUAGAUCGGUCAGGAUGACCAUAGCCACGCCAAGAGCAGGUAUCAAGAUGUCCAGGGAUAAAAGAUCGGUAACCAUCGGUAGGGGUCAGCUUCAAGGCCUGGAAAAACGUGUUUUACCAUUGGUGUUCUCACUGAUCAACAAUACAGUGCAUGUGCUGGUCUGGCUCUCCCCGCAAGGUGUGGUCUCAUUCCACUCUGUUUCAGCGGAGGAACCGAUCCUGCCAAGUACUACACUGUCCCUAGCCAGACAGAGCUUCGAAAACUCCUUUCCAAUUAGACUAGUGCCGGACAUAGCUAUGCAGAAGUUCUAUGUUGAUCAUCAGGAGCGUAAGAUCAAGUUCCUUGUGCCGCUGCUGGAUGCGCACAUUCAAAAAGAGAGACUGGAGAGCCUCGCCGGGAAUGGUUUGAGAACCCUACCGGUGACAGUCCUUCUUCAAAGUGGGAACGAUGAAUUGGAGAAUCUGCGAGUGGAUCAAAACAUCUGUGCGAGUUUCCUGGGGGACCUCAAUGCAAAGCUCCCGGCUAACAAGAAGUUGGAUUCGAUGUUUCUCAGGAGUAUUUUGACCCAGAAGUGGGUGGUGUCUGGUUCGCAAGCCUCCUCCUCGUCAAACGGCAGAGGAAUAACUACAUUGCAGAACACUUCGGGUGGAGGAAACCCAGCAAUCCGGAUCCAUGACACAACGAGCGCCAACGUAAUGCUGCUACAGGAAACCAAGUUGGGAGAGGAAAAGAUCUUAGAGCUAGGCUGUUGGUGGGACGGCCCACAGAUUUGGGCACCGGCUAUAGGCACCAGAGGAGGCGUGGGCAUAUUGAUUCACAGACAGUUGCAGGCCAGCAUAGUAGAUUACGAAGCAGAUCUAUGGGGGAAGUGGGCAUGGGUGAAAUUCGAGGACCAACAGGCUUCCUGGGCAAUCAUGACAGUGUACGACCCGUCGGAUAGAGCGGACAAAAUUAAUUUUUUCAAAGAACUGAUGAACUGCACCUCGGAUGUGGACAAUCUAUUAGUGGCAGGCGAUUGGAACUGCACAUUGGAUGAUCUAGGAAAUACAGCUUCAGGCACUGCAAAUACAACGUUGCUAUUGCAACACAUGAUCGAGCUAGAACUCAAUGACACUUUCCGCCUAAUGUACCCGCAUGACCCGGGUUACACGUGGUACUCCUCAGCGACAGUGGGACCGCAGGCGGGUGUCCAUAGACGGUUAGAUUAUUUCUUAACUAGUCUGUGGUGGUCAGAUUCGGUUCAGGAGGUCAGAGUAGUUCCGAACCCGAUAUCCGAUCAUAAACCAGUCCUAGCAUCCUUCAAACUGGGGAGCUGCAUAGACAGGGGCAAAGGUUACUACAGGCUGAACACCCUGUUGUUGAAAGACCCAGGCAUAUCAAGGUGGAUUAACUCCUUUCGGGAGAAGUGGCCGGAUUCCCGCCAUCUGUUCCCCGCACCAGGGGACUGGUGGGAUGCCGGGUCUUCUAUAACUGCAGAAGUCCUCAGUGUUUUCUCACGAAUCAUGGCUGCAAGAAGGAACAAGGAAGAGCUGGACAUCAGAGCAAGACUAGAGGAGAUUGAGGGAAGAAUGGAGCUGCACCCCAUAUCAGCACAAGUUUGGGCAAAGGACAGAGCAAAAGUGUUGCUACAGUGGGAUGAACUACAACUAAGAAGAUCAGAAGAAUGGGCAGACAGACUGAAGGUGAAGGGGAUAACAGUGUACGACAGAAUGACGCGCGAAUCCUUCCAGAAAUUAUCUCCGAAGAGCGCAUCGCAGGGCAUGAAAGCGUUACAACAUCCAUUCAUGCCGGCUGCAAGCAUAGCUGAGACCAGCACAGAGAUGUGCAGGUAUGCAGUUCUGUAUUUCAGAGACAUUCUCACAUCAAGACGGAUAGGUGAAAACACUAAUCUAGAUCUAGCUGCCAACUCAACCCACAGGGAUCACUCAACUAUAAAACUCAGCAAUCUGGACAGCAACAGCCUGGAGAACCCCAUCACCGAGGUGGAACUACGCGCAGCAGCAGACUCAAUGGCAAAAGGAAAGGCACCGGGGAGCGAAGGUCUACCAGUGGAAUUCUAUACAGCACACUGGAAGGUACUUGCUCCCCAUCUAUUGAAAAUCUAUAACGAAGUUUUGUCCGGAGGGUCUCUCUCUACAAAUAUGGCCUAUGGAAUCAUUUCGGUAAUCUACAAGAAAGGGAACAAGGAGGACAUCAGGAAUUGGAGACCGAUCUCCCUCCUCAACGUCUCCUACAAGAUACUAGCUAAGGUACUAGCUAGAAGACUAGCGCAGGUGCUACCRGAACUAGUAGGUAGGGACCAAGCAGCAUUCGUCAGGGGCAGAUCGAUCUUUGAUAAUAUUGUCACAGCGAUGGAAGCCUUAGAGUUAGUGCAAAGAGAGAACCAUGAAGUAGCUAUACUUCUUCUAGAUCUGGAAAAAGCCUACGAUCGAGUGAAUUGGGCGUAUGUCCUCACAAUGCUCAAACACCUAGGCUUUGGUCCCAAGUUUAGAAGCUGGGUAGUUGCUAUGUACAGGCCUGCUAAAUCUUCGGUUAUGAUCAAUGGUCAGAUCUCGGAGCCCUUCUCUCUUUCUAGAUCACUCCGUCAGGGUUGCCCUCUUGGCCCCCUCCUUUUUGUACUACAAUUAGAGGUGAUGCUCAACAAUGUAAGAGAACACCCGGACAUCCAGGGCCUGAAGGUGCAGAACACGGAAUGCAAAGUGAAGGCGCUAGCAGAUGACCUCCUUGCGAUUUCAGCUAACACCCAGAGCUCUUUGGAGGGCCUUAAGAGUUGCUUAGUAGAGUACUCUCGCCACUCGGAGGCAGCAGUAAAUUGGAACAAGUCAGUCUUUUUCUUACCCGCUCAGUAUGCUCCGGCGGUAGAAUUCGGCAUGAAAAGAAUCACAGAGGGCGCGUCAGAGAGAGAGCUUCAAGUGUCCUCCCCUCCAGUGGUCACAGCCGUACAACGCUGGACUCAGGACGUGGCCAAUUACUUCGCAAACGUUUGUGCGGUCUACGUGGAUGGAGAAACACCUGUUGACACUGAUGACGCCGUUUGGCAUGAAGAGGAUGGUAGGCAAGAGGAGGAUGUGGUCGAUUACUUCGCAAAUAUCUGCGCAGUCUACGAGGAUGGGGUAAUCGAUGAUGAUCACCGAGAAUGUUGGGAUGUGUUGGCCCUCAAUGCCAAGGCAAUUGCGCCCCCCCUUUCCCCUUCUCUUUCCUUCCGUCACAUGGAUGGCAUGGAUGUGAAUCAUUGAAUGUAAUGAUUGGAUCUCACCCGAAAUAGUAUGGGUAGAACAGUUGCAUGCAGGUAGGACACAAUCAAUACCCUGACACGAG